AUGUCACAAUCCCUAAGAGUCUGCGACACGCGCUGUCAGAAUUUCCACAAGGAGUGCGCGAGAAAGGAGGAGAGGCUGAAGACGCAGUGGUUCCUGAAAAACAGGCAGCGUUUGCUGGAUAAUCUGGGCGGCGCGAAGGCCGCGGAAAAGUUGCAAGCGCUGCGCAAGAGCAAGCGGAAAGGCGUCGACGAGCCCAAAGCUCCGAAGAGAAGCACAGCACGCGACGCCGCGGAUUCGCUGGAGAAGGCGCUGGUUUUGCCGGCGUGGAGGCCGUUGGACAAGGAUGUGGGCCUCAUGAAGCCCAUCAAGCCCGACGUGACGAACGCUCUCUACGCGCCCAAAAUCGCAAGCUUCAUAACCAAGCACAACUACCUCGCGGAACGAUACAAGGAGAGACCGGACGACAGGUUUUACUAUCCCUACUGUUCGAGCUGGGUGGUGGGCUGGCGGCUGGCGGAUUACCCGGCGCCCACGGUCUCGGUCUACGGUGUCAAAUCCGUCAUCCAGUCAUCGUUCUAUCGGCGUAACGCGUCGAGCCUGCAGCGUGACCCCGACUGGUAUCGCCAGUGCCAAGCUAGCGAUCCGAAAAACUUCAACGAGAUCUUGACUUAUUGA